UUCCUGCUUCAAGAUGGAUUGAAACCGGAAGUGGAGCCAUUUGAAAAAGUUUUUUCGAUAAGGAGUUUGAUUUAGGCAUUUCAUUGUAAUUCAUGAAUCUCUUCAUAAGGAAACCGUAAGGUCAUAUUUGUUUUCCGCAUUGGAGCUGCAAUAUAAUUGCUCAGCUUUGCUUAUUUAAGGUAAUACUCAGACUUGUGUUGUGUUACUGGAUCUGGCUUUUCCCUAGAUCAUGCAUGUAUUUGCAACACAAAGAGGAACCAAUUGCUCUUAAUGAUUAUAGACGGGCCCCAUCGGUGCUUUUAUGAUCCUGUAUUUUAAACGUGAUCAUUUACUUUGUUACUAGUUACUUUUGUUACUUUUAUUUUGAAGUUUGUAACCGGAUAUAGUCCCCUUAUAUUUCUGUGCAGCUUGACACGCAAACGCCGAUGGACUGUGUGCUGUAGGUGAGGGUUGAUAGUUGAUUUAAAAUGACCGAAAUGACCGAAAUGCAGCUGCUGAGGCUGUUCAUCAGUGAGCGGCUGAGUGCGGCUGCAGAGGAGAUCUUCGCAGCGGUGCAGAGGACGGUAACAGAGCGCGAGGAGGAAGCUGCUCGCCCCCAUCAAGACGGUGACCAACAUGGACUUAAUCUUGAAGUGCAUUCUCACAGUGGAGACACGCCGCAGGUCUUUGUCUGUGCACAUGAGCACAAACACGAGUGGAGUCCUGAAAGCUACCACAACAACCCAAGUGUGGGCCAGGAGGACUGUGUCCUGCUGGUCCCAGAGCCUCCAGAAAUCAAACAGGAAGAGCCAUGGAGCAGUCCAGAGGGACAACAGCUACCAGAUAUGGAGGACUGUGAAACCAGCAAUCUAAAAGUGACACCCACAUGCGUUUACGCAGACAUGACUGAGUUCCAAACUCAUGACACAGGAAAUGAAGACAAAAAGCCUGUACCUAACACCUCCUCUGACUACAGAAAGAUUGACGGAAACGCUCAGUCAUGCAGUGAAUGUUGGACUCUUUUGCCAGAUUGUUCUGUAACUCUGAGUAACUUGGGGCCUGAGUUGGAUUUAGCAACACUGGCGGGCUACAGUAUCAGUAAUGCCCACACGAAGAGCCCUACAGGGAGAAACCAGCUGACUAAAGGUUGUGAAUCACACAGCCCAACUUCACCAAAUAAAGAGACAAAGAGAAUAAGCAAAUCCUACUGCUGUCGUUUCUGUGGCAAAGAAUUCAGCCAGAGCACACAUCUGGCCACACACACUCAAAUCCACACCGGUGAGAAACUGUUUGCCUGUGAGGUGUGUGGUAAAGAGUUUCGACAUGGCAACAGUUUGACUGUGCACAUGAGGAUUCACUCAGAGGAGAAGCCAUACCGUUGCAGGAUUUGUGGAAAAGAGUUCCGUCAUGUGGGCAACUUGAACGUACAUACGAGAAUCCAUACAGGAGAGAAACCCUACACGUGCACAGUGUGUGGAAAGAAGUUCAGUCGCAAUAAUUUGAUGACGAAACACAUGGCUGUACACACGGGUGAAAUGAGUUUAGGCUUGAAGAGUGUGUUAAGAAGAGGUUCAUUUGGCAUGACUUCAUGAGAAUGAAGUGAAAUAUCCAGUUUUCUGCAGGACAAAAGGCAAAUCUGCCCUUACUGUAUAACUUUGUAAUUAAAUAUAAUAUAUUGUAAUAGGAA